GGAACAUAGGAAACAAAAGAAAUAUCAUUGUUUUGUCUUCAACAUACGAAACAAAACAAUUUGGAAGGAAGUUUGCUUGGAGUUCCAAUAUUUUGUUUGUUUAAGGAAGAAAAGAGAUAUAAUACCAGAUGACGGAGUGGAAGAAUAUCAUUGUUAACUAUGGAGGAUAUUGGAAUGAUAUUCUUUAUAAUGGUGGGAGUGCAACAUUUUGUUAUGUCCGAGCAGAUAAUAUACGUAUUUCGGAAUUACGGCAAAGUAUUAACUACUACUUGGUGGCAAAUUCUUUGAAUUUGAGUUGUGAUUUAUACUAUCUAUCAAGAAUUCGAAGUGGUAGGCUGAUACGAUCUUUGUUAAGUACUGAUGAACAAUUUUUUCGAUUAUGCACUAUUGAGGUAGAGCCACAGGUUUAUGUGACUCACAGUGGCAGCACUUGUCCGCCGGAGCAAGAAGUAUAUCGACCUUCGCUCGACAUACCAUCUUCGUCCACUUAUGAGCACACCCCAUUGCCCACUUCGUUCGAUGAGUACAUUACACAACAAAUGAGAGGUUUUGAUUGGUGUGCUGAUGCAUCUCCUCAUUCGACAAUGAAUGCCCAUACGCCAGGAUCGAUUGGUGCCGAUGACAUCAAUGAUGAGGAGUACAUUCCAUCAACAGAGUCUGAUGAUGAGGAAGAGGAGGAAGAAGAAGAGGAUGAGCGUCAGUCUGUUCGGGUUGAUUAUGGUACUUUUGCGGAGCAUAUCGCAUGGAUCCGUAGGGAGGGUGGAAUUGGCGAACUUAUGUCUAUGAUAAUGCAAACUAACCCACGAGGUCUAGCAGAAGAUUUAGGCCAAGAAGCUGCUGAUCAGAUGAGCAACUGGCUAGUUCCUGUUAUACCAGGCGAUUUUUCAGUGAAUCUUUUUGCGGGUAAGCUUGACGACAUACCAGAUCCUGAUGAGCUAAGCGAAGGUUCAAUCAGCAGGGAUCUUUGUGGGGUUGUGGCAUUUGGAUCGGCGAGCAGAAUUCGUCAUUCCUCGAUCUGAUUUGGAUAGGAUGACGUUUAAAUAUAAAUAUCGGAGUAAGUGUCCAUUUCAGUUACGAGCCAUUUCAGUUACGAGCCACUCAGCAGGGAUCUUUUUGGAUGAUUCGAAAGUUUGGUCCUGCCCAUACUUGCAUUGGGGAACUUGUUAACACUGGCGUGCGAAAGGUCCAUGCUCAUGUCAUUGCAGCACAUUUAGCAAAGAAAAUGUGUGAAGAUGGUGAAAUUGUGAAGCCGAGGUCCAUUAUAUCCGACCUACAACGAGAGCAUGGUGUCAAGGUCAGCUAUGGUGUUGCACUGCGGGCCCGUAAUUUGGCUGUAGAGAUGAUAUAUGGCGGCCACAAAGAAUCAUAUUCAUUACUACCGGGCUAUCUUCACAUGCUGCGAAUGUGCAAUCCAGGCUCGUUGACCGACUUGGAUAUUGAUGCAGAAGGGCGGUUCAAGCAUCUAUUCGUCGCACUUGGUUCGUGUAGAGUGGCUUACACUAUGUGCCUCAGACCAAUAAUUGUGGUGGAUGGCACACACUUGAAAGGUCGCAACAAAGGUAUUUUAUUUGUUGCGGUGACGAAGGAUGGCAAUGAACAAGUCUUCCCGAUGGCUUUUGGGGUUGGUCCAAUAGAGAAUGAUGAAUCGUGGACAUGGUUUUUAUCUCGAUUGAGGAUGGCUUAUGGUCAGAAUGCCGAGACGUUGAUUGUUUCUGAUGCUCAUAUCAGUAUAGCGAAUGCUGUCAAGGCAGUAUAUCCUGAUGCUGCACACGGUUUGUGCUACUACCAUCUGCUCAACAAAAUAACUCGAUAUGGUAAGGCAGCUGUUGCAUUAUACCAGAAAGCCGCUUAUGCAUAUAGAGAAAGUGAGUUUGACGCUGCGAUGGCAAGCUUAAAGGCUCUUAGGGAAGAAGGUGGAGCAUAUAGCAAACUGUUGCAGGUUGGGCCUCAAAAAUGGGUAAGGUGUAAGUGCCCUGUGCGACGAUAUAGUUUUCUCACAUCAAAUGUCGCUGAAUCUUUCAAUUCUCGUUUGUUGUGGGCAAGACGACUACCUAUAUGCUCCAUGGUUGAGGCAAUCCGGCACAUCAUAGAAAAAUGGUUUGAUGAACGACAUGAAGCUGCUAAGGCAUUUUCUGCUGAUGUUACACCGGAGGCGCUACGCAAACUCACCGUUGAAUUGGAAAGAUCACGACAAUAUGAGGUCGUUGCCAUGUCCCCAUCUACAUUCAAAGUUAAGAGUACCAAGAAAACAUUCAAAGUCAAUGUAGAAACGCAAUCGUGCACUUGUAUGGAAUGGUAUAUGAACUUGGUACCAUGUUCACAUGCAGUUGCAGCUAUAAGACAUUUAGGCGACGAUAUAUCUAAGCACGUUGGGGAUUAUUAUCAAGCUGCAAAACUACGUGAGGCGUAUUCCUAUCGAGUUAAUUCAGUCCCACCACAAGCAUCAUGGACGAUUCCAUCAAAUAUGGAAGGAUUCUGCAUUCUACCACCUAUUAUAGGUCGACAAUCUGGACAUCCAAAGACUACGCGUCAUCGAGGACCAACCGAGAGGACUGCUCCCACACAAAGAACUGCACCAGAUAAUACACCGUCAAGCAGUCGUAGUCAUGCCCCAAGAAGCUGUAGCUUGUGUGGAUCAGAAUCUCACACUAGAGAUUGUUGUCAUUUUUUAGUACAUGAGUGAUACAUGAGGUUUGUAAUAUGGUUUGU